GGGAAGCCAGACUGGGAACCGCGCGGCGCAGCCGUCGCGUUAGGGUUAGGGCGUCCGCCUCCCUCCACGCUGCCCGGCGAGCUGGGCUGGGGAGCCGCCGGAGGAGAAGGGAGGAGCCGGCGACACCAUGUGAGCCGCGGGCCGGGGGCAGCAGCCGCCCGCCGUGAAGACAGAUGGGGGUGCGCGAGCGUCAGCUCCGGCUGUCAGCGCGGCUUCAGCCCGGCCCAGCCCCUCCUCCGCCGCGCGUCUCUCCGCCCGGCCGCGGGCAAAGCAUGGCGUCCAGCGAGGAGGACGGGGCGGGCGGCGGCUCGCUGGAGGAGAAGGAGAAGGGCAGGAAGAGGCGCCUGGGCGCCUUGGCCACGGCUUGGCUCAUCGGCUACAACAUCGCCCUGACCGCCGGGUGGCUGGUAUUGGCUAUUGCCAUGGCACGGUUUUACAUGCAGAAAGGAACAUACAAAGGCUUAUACAAAACUAUUCAAAAGACACUUAAAUUUUUCCAGACAUUUGCUGUGCUUGAGGUAGUCCACUGUGCAGUUGGAAUAGUUCGCACCUCUGUGCUUGUGACUGGGGUCCAAGUGAGUUCAAGAAUCUUCAUGGUCUGGUUUAUAACACACAGUAUAAAACAGAUCCAGAAUGAGGAGAGCGUUAUUCUUUUUCUGGUCGUUUGGACUGUGACAGAGAUUACACGAUAUUCCUUCUACACAUUCAACCUGCUCAACCAUUUGCCAUACUUCAUUAAAUGGGCCAGAUACAACUUUUUUAUCAUAUUGUAUCCUGUUGGAGUUGCUGGUGAACUUCUAACUAUUUAUGCUGCAUUACCUUAUGUGAAGAAGACAGGCAUCUUUUCACUGAGACUUCCCAACAAGUAUAAUGUCUCUUUUGACUACUACUACUUCCUUAUUAUUGUCAUGGCCUCAUAUAUACCAUUGUUUCCACAACUCUACUUUCAUAUGCUGUGGCAGAGAAGAAAGGUGCUUCAUGGAGAAGUGAUUGUAGAAAAGGACGAUUAAUCCAACUCUUGUAACCAUGGUGCUUUUUACAGAAUAAUAAGAAAUGGAAACAAAACACUUCAUGUGAUCCUUAUGAGUCCAAGUUUUAAAUCAUGGAACAAGAAUAAAUGGCUGUUCAUGAAAUAACAUGGAUUGUAUUGUUUUGUAAAUUUAGUAUGUCUUCAGAUUUUGCUUUUCAUCCUUGGCUUCACUUUUGAUUCUUUUAUUUCAUUGGUUGGUUGUUUCCUCAGACAAACUAUUUUCUUCCCAGUUUUUUUAUAUAAAUUAACAAAUAGAGGCAGGAGAUUGAAUAGCUUGCAAAAUUGCUUUCUAUUAUAAAACUUCUAGUGGUCAUUAAGAAAAAAAACAGAGUUGAUGAGUACUAUUGGAAGUUAGUACAGUAUUCUGAAAAAUAGAUACUUCAUAAAUUAGGUAAUGAUUUUUUUCAUAGGAAGGGUGAUUUAAAUUUUGUCCUUUCUUAUUAUUUUGAAAAUAUUAAUCUUUGUCAAUAUUCAGAACUGAGAGUUUACUGUCUCUUGAACCUUAUGACAACACGCCAUUAAAAAUAAACUAAACUAAAGCUAGGGUUAUAAUUACUUAGGGUCUGACUCUGCAGUCCUUAUCACAUUAAGUAGUAUCUUCCUUCACAAUUAUCCUUUUGAAACUUUUAGAGUCCAAUUCAGCAACAGUAAGUGUAGUAGAAUUGGACCCUUCAUUAGGCCUGAGACUCAGCAUGGGAGAAGUGGUCCAUCCAGCAGAUUCAGGUGCAGGAUCAAGGCCUGGAAGAACUGAAACCUUUUAUUUGCAGGAUCAUAUCUUAGAAUCAUAGAAUAAGCUUGUAAAAGAGUUGAACUCUCGAUUAUCUAUGCAGAUUUAGAGUAGUGUACUUCAGUUUGCUACUACUUGAUGCCUAGCUAUAGCUGAUGAUGUGGCCCAGGUUUAUUUUGUCCUGGUGAAUUGAGUACCAGUUUAUUCUGUAUUCUAGAGUUAGGGAACAUGAGGGGUGGCGGUAAGGAGUAAAUACAGAAGUACAUGUGGAAACUGCAACUAUGGCAAAGUAUUUUCUUCCUUACAAUUAAUCCAAUGGGAUAAAAAUGGAAGAUUUAAAAAUACUUUAAAAUGCUGUCUUGACAUGUAAAUUGUAUUUUGAAUCAGCCCACUAUGCACUUUUAAUUGCUCCUUCAGUUAAUUGUUUCAUCCUCUUUAUAAUGUAAUCAAGGAACAGUUUUGGAUCUGGUCCUAUUUAACAUCUUUAAUAAUCUAGAAGAGGAACAUGUUAAUGAAAAUCACAGAUAAUGCUAAACUGAAGAUGUUAUAAACACCAGCAUGGAGAGAUGAGUUGUAUAAUGGGUCUUACAGAGGUUAGAAAUAUGGGCAGGAAUUUAAAGCCAUAAAGUUGGAAGAGACCUGAAGUGAGAGUGGACCACAGAUUAAAUGUUCAUUUGCAACACGAUGUGGCACCAAAAACGAUCAGUGCAAUUUGGGGUUGGAUAUGCUGAAGUUUCAUGUCGUGAAGCAGGGGGACGUGGUUGUCCCUCUUUAGGGGACUCUGCUGAGUCCACAUCUGAAAUAGCAUGUAAAGUUCUGGGUACCUCAAAAGCAGAAAUUUUUAGGCAAACUAGAAAGUUCGAAAAACAGCAACAAAAAUAAUGGACAUUGAGUAAGAGGUAGGAAAGAUUGACUUUAAAACAUUAAAUAUGUAUGGCGUGGUUACGGGGAAAAUAUUUGAGAAGGAAAAGGAAUUAAGUACUAGGAGUUGUAAUUACGAGUCAGGGGAAAUUAA